GCAGCGUGUUCCUGGCUGCAUGGUGAGGAGGGAAGGAUGCACACACAGUUCCAACACCAGUGCUGACCGUCCUGCAGGACCCCCAAUGCUGUGCCCACUGUGCCCCGCAGCCCCCGCAGACACCAACUAGCAGACCUUCAUGACUUCAGCAGGAGCCAGCAGCAACACACAGGCACAAAGGUGAACUGAGGAACCAAGCAAGGACAGCCAGCCCCACGGAGGCACGUGGAGAUGGGGACCAGCAUCACGAUGGGCAGCAGAAAGAGAACAAGGAGACAUACUAUAAAAAAUGAGAGGAAGGCUUGUCUCUGAGCCAAAGAUACUCCUCGGCACGGGCAUCCAAAUUCAUGACUCCCUCCCCGAGAUGCCAGAGACCUGGUGAUGCAGGACCAACCUCAGCCACUCAGGCCUUGAGAGCAGCCCCCGGCCGGUGGCUGCUGAGCCCCUUGGGCACCAAGGUCCACAUUCACCACGGACACUUCCCCCCGCAGCUCCAAGCCAUGAGGAGAAGAGAGAGAAGAACGAAGCUGCUGAAGGAGCUCUAACCCACGUCUUCCCGGCCCCUGCCUCUCCCCCUGCUUCCAGCAGACCAGAAACCCCUUCUCCAUGCCACCCUUCCAGAUGGCAGGUCGCCGGUGGGCUGCGACGUCAGCCUUCUGCAUGUGCGUGGCAGCCGUCUCUCUCCUGCACACUGGUGGGGUGCGGGCAGACUGCUGGCUCAUCGAGGGGGACAAGGGUUUUGUCUGGCUGGCCAUCUGCAGCCAAAACCAGCCCCCCUACGAGUCCAUCCCCCAGCAAAUCAACAGCACCAUCGUGGACUUGCGGCUGAACGACAACAAGAUCAAGAGCGUGCAGUACGCGUCGCUCAGCCGCUUCGGCAACCUGACAUACCUCAACCUGACGAAGAACGAGAUCUCCUACAUCGAGGACGGUGCCUUUUCAGGACAGUUCAACCUCCAGGUGCUGCAGCUGGGUUACAACCGCCUGAGGAACCUCACCGAGGGCAUCCUCCGGGGCCUGGGGAAGCUGGAGUACCUCUAUCUCCAGGCCAACCUCAUCGAGUCUGUCACCCCCAAUGCCUUCUGGGAGUGUCCCAACAUAGUGAACAUUGACCUGUCCAUGAACAGGAUCCAGAGACUUGACAGCAACACUUUUAGGGGCUUAAACAAGCUCUCUGUCUGUGAACUCUACAGCAACCCCUUCUACUGCUCCUGCGAGCUCCUUGGCUUCCUGCAAUGGCUGGAGGCCUUCACCAACAUGACACGCACGUACGACCGGAUGCAGUGCGACUCCCCACCAGACUACACGGGCUACUACUUGUUAGGUCAAGGCCGGACUGGCUACCGCAAUGCUCUGAGCAUGCUCUCUUCCCUUUGCACCGGUGGUUCCUACACUGUGAUCCCUCGUUUUAUCCCUCCCCGCUACCAAGUGACCACAGUGCCCUCUGAAAGCCCGUGCUCCGAGGAGGAGUGCUCCUCUGGUGAUGGCACCACCCCACAGUUCUCCCUCUUCACGCCCAUCGGUGAGACAGAGGUGCGGCCAAACAUCCAGGUAAAGCACCUCAACCACAACUCGGCCGUCCUCACCGUGCAGAUCCCCUACCCCUUCAGCAAGAUGUAUAUCCUCUCCCAGUUUGAAAACGGCUUCUCCUCCAUGAUCACCAAGCUCAGGAAGAAGGAGGAGAACAUCACCGUGAGCAACCUAGUAGCACAAAGAGAUUACACCUACUGUGUGGUCUCCGUCCACCAAUACUCCAAGUACAACCACACCUGCGUCACCAUCACGCCCACCAGACCCAACCGCAAGGAGCCGGUGCCCACUCCUUCCACUGCCACUCAUUAUAUCAUGACAAUCCUGGGCUGUCUCUUUGGCAUGGUGAUCGUCCUGGGCGUUGUCUAUUACUGUCUCCGAAAGAGACGCCAGCAGGAGGAGAAGCACAAAAAGGCUGCCAGCGGCAUGAAGAAGACCAUUAUUGAGCUGAAGUACGGGCCAGAAAUGGAGACCACCAGCAUCACCCAGCUGUCCCAGGGACAGAUGCUGGGUGGGGAGACUGUGACCCGCAUCCCCUACCUGCCUUCUGCUGGUGAGGUCGAGCAGUACAAGCUCAUUGACAGCAGUGAGACCCCCAAGGCCACCAAGGGCAACUACAUGGAGGUGAGGACGGGGGAGCAGCCUGAGAGGAGAGACUGCGAGCUGUCCCUGGCACCAGACACCCAGAGCUCCGUGGCUGAGAUCUCCACCAUUGCCAAGGAGGUGGACAAGGUGAACCAGAUAAUCAACAAUUGCAUCGAUGCCUUGAAAUCUGAGUCCACUUCCUUCCAAGGGGUGAAAUCGGGGGCAGUCUCCACAGUGGAGCCUCAGCUGGUGCUUUUAUCAGAGCAGAUCCCCAGCAAGCACGGAUUCCUCUCCCCUGUCUACAAGGAAAGCUACAACCACCCCCUCCAGCGACACCACAGCAUGGAGGCAGCCCCCAAACGCUCCAGCACUUCUUCCAGUGGCUCCAUACGGAGCCCCAGGUCGUACCGCUCCGAGGGAUCGGGCCACAAAUCAGAAGCCAAAUACAUCGAGAAGACGUCCCCCACCACCGACACCAUCCUCACUGUGACACCGGCUGCGGCCAUCCUGCGGGCAGAGGCGGAGAAGAUCCGGCAGUACAGCGAACACCGGCACUCGUACCCUGGCUCGCACCAAGGGGAGCAGCACGACAGCAUGGCGGGGCGAAAGCCUUCCAUCCUGGAGCCUCUGACCCGGCCUCGUCCCAGAGACCUGGCCUAUUCCCAGCUCUCGCCGCAAUACCACAACCUGAGCUACACCUCCAGCCCAGAGUACACCUGCAAACCAUCGCACAGCAUCUGGGAACGCUUCAAACUCAACCGCAAGCGGCACAAAGACGAGGAGGAAUAUAUGGCAGCCGGCCAUGCCCUGCGCAAAAAGGUCCAGUUUGCCAAAGACGAGGAUCUUCACGACAUCUUAGACUACUGGAAGGGCGUCUCCGCCCAGCAAAAGUCCUGAGUCCUCACACAACUCGUGACUUAAAGUAACUGGACCAAAAGAAAUCCGCAGCAGCUAUUUUUAUUCAGACUGUCUUUGAAACAA